CCGGCUCAACACACUAGCGCCGCCAGCGCCAUGUUGAGAUAUAUAGGCAACAGGCCAGCACAGAUCACUGUUUUCCUACAAUGGUUCUCGCGCUUGCAGUGGUCGCACUCGGCGCGGCCUUAGCUGCAGCGACACCGGUCGAAUACGCUACUUCUGUGGACUGCCAGACCAACACGAUCCAUGUUCCUGUCAGUGCUCAGGGCAAAAACAUCCAGGUGCCACUGCCUUCAGACCAGGAUGCUCUCAUCGCAUUUGUUCAAAAAGCGACUGCUUUGAACGGAAUGAACAACAUCACUGCCACUCAAGUCAAUAGCUCAAGGGAGAUCAACGGAACUUAUUCCAUCUACGGCAAGCUUUGUACGCCAAAGUCCAAUCGGUCCUCUACUGUGCAGCUCCUGGUGCAUGGCAUCGGGUUUGAUUCCUCUUACUGGGAUUUUGCUAUCGAUCCUGCCAACUAUUCGUACGUCCGAGCGGCCCAUGCGGCGGGCUAUAGCACAUUUACUUUCGACCGUCUGGGUAUCGGUCGCUCAGAAAAGCCAGAUGCGAGAGAAGUCAUUCAGACCGCAACGGAAAUAGCAAUUGCCAAGUAUUUCGCCAAUAACCUGCGCAAGGGCACGCUGCCAUUCUCGAACAUGCGCAAAUUUGGCAAGGUCGCCUACGUCGGUCAUUCCUUCGGGAGCGAAAUUGGCAAUGGCUUGGCAGCAUCCGACCCCAGUGCGGCAGAUGCCUAUGUCUUCACAGGUUUCAGCCACAAUUCAACAGGUGUCGUAGGAUUCUACGACGGCACGCAGCCCGUACUGGCCAAUACGUACGGUCCCUCUGCAUUCAGCGGUCUCAGCAAUGGCAACUUCCUGUUCAACCCGGCCGGUUAUGGCGCACAACUGAUUUUCUUCAAGACUUACUACUAUGCUCAGUCAGUCCUGAAGCAAGCACUGGCGACUGCUCAGACUUUCACGCUCGGCGAAGCCUUGACCAUGGGUGCGGCCGUCAUGGCCUCUACUGCUAAUGUCACUUCGCCCGUCGCUAUCUUUACCGGUGAUUCUGACGCCAUCUUCUGUGCUGGAUCGUGUUACAUUGCCGGGAAAGAGAACCUGAUCGCGGCCGAAAAGCAGUACUAUCCCUCAGCGAGAGCAUUCUUGCCGUAUGUCAUCGCCAACACCGGUCACGCAGCCAAUCUCCACUAUUCAGCUGCAGUCUGGUUCAAGGCCGUCCAGACAUUCCUUGAGGCAGAGCUAUAAGUUUCCUGCGAUCAUGCAUGGCCGUACGUGCGAGGCGUGUUGUCGAAAUGAAUGCGCAUUGCGAGAUUCUGCUGGUCAUCGAUCGAAUCGCU